AUGAUUGAAAAUUUAAUCAACCUUAUAGAAUACACGUGUAGCCACUCACUCAUCGAAUCAGCCUAUUUCUACUCUAGUCUACUCUACUCAAUCAACAAAUCCACGACCUCAAUCUACUCUUUGGCUUUCACUCUACUCAACUCUUCCAGAUUCAUCGAAUGCUACGACCUUCUCAUCGAAAACUACGAUGAAAUCCAACACGACGUUAAGUCUUGGUUACUCCUCGCUGAGGUUUCAGAAAAACUAAAUAUUCACUUGGACGCUAUGAAAGCUGCUAAGCAAGCACACGCCUUACUUGAUCGAAACACGCUUCUUCUCUCUCCUUCUCUAUCCAUUGGUACUGCUUCUUCUACCGCUGCUACUGCCUGUAGGUUAGGCAGAAUCGCUAAAUCUACAAACAACCACAAGUCCGCUAUUGAUUACUUCAAUCAAGCUCUCUCCCUUGAUCAUUCUCUUUGGGAGGCUUUUGAUGCUCUUUGCGCGUUGGGAGCUAAUCCAAAUCCAACUCUUCUAUUAUCAAAUCCCUCACAAGUACCCUCACAACCUUACCAACAACCCUCUCUGCGGCACUCUACCUCAUUUUCCGACGUCGGCCUCUUCACUCCGGAUAUGGCUCCUCGCCCAGUAGCCAAAUUUCGUCCACCUACGUUAUCCAUCGACACCCCUACCAAUCCAAUCACUCAGAACAACACUUUCACUGACGACGACAGCUUCGCUCUCCCCCCAUCAGUUCUCCCAAAGCGUCCACGUGCCACCCAAAAGCAAAGUCUCCUCCAAUCAAGUCUCAGACCCAUAACAAAGAAGCCAGCCAAACAAACACCCGACACACUAGCACAGGCGAGACGAAGUAACAGACUAGCCAACUUUACCUCCAAAGUUGGUAUAUCCAAGCCGCCCGCGCGCGACAAGCGGAAGAAGCCAUCACCAUUAGCUGCGAGCAAGAUGUCGCGUGCGACUGGGCACUCUAGCCAGAGUCAGAGUCAGAGCCAAAGCCAGAGCAAUGGCGACAGUAACGGCGUAAGCAACACUACCAAACAAGCAGGCGAGAAUGCGAGGGAGGGGGAGGAGCAGCUAAACGAGCUAUUACGUACGCUCGCGACUGCGCGCGCGGCACUAGGUGCUUACCGUAGCCACGAGGCGAUAUCAACGCUGAAUGCGCUUCUCGGUCCUGAUCUUGGUGCGGGUGCAUACGGCACACACGUCGGUAGCGGGCCCGCGCGCACACCCACGACUCUAUGCUGGCUGGGCCGGGCGUAUUUUGAAUGUGCUGACUACAUUAAGUCCGAGCGGGCAUUCGCAGCGGCGCGCGCACUAGCUCCGCAUAGAAGUGAGGAUAUGGAUAUCUACUCGACGGUGCUGUGGCAUCUUAACCGGCCUACGUCGCUCGCUUUUCUGGCGCACGAUCUCGUCCGUGUCGAUAAGAAAUCGUGUCAGUCGUGGAUCGCUCUCGGGAAUGCACUGUCAUUAUCGAAUGAACACGCUGAUGCUCUCGUCGCUUUCACUCGCGCUGCUGCAGUAGCACCCCUCUCCGCAUACAGUAAUGUACUCGCCGGACACGAAUGCAUUGCUAAAGAGGAGUGGGAUAAUGCUGCACAGUGGUUCCAGACUGCUAUACGCAUCGAUAGACGCAUGUAUAACGCUUGGUAUGGCUUAGGUAUCGUCUAUCUCAACCAAGGCAAGACGACGCUAUCGGAAUACCACUUCAAGAAAGCUACCGAUAUUAACCCCUCAAAUGUCGUUCUCCUCUGCUCAGUGGGAUCCGCUAUUGAGAAAGGGAUCGCUGAUAGAGACAGAAUUGAUCUUCUUGAUGCCGCAUAUCACGCUUAUAAUAAGGCUUGCAAGCUACAAGAGAAUAGCGCUCUGGCGAGAUACAAACGCGCUCAUAUACUCUUUUUGAUGAACAAGUUCCAGCUAGCACUCCCUGAUCUCCUCUUCUUGAAGGAUGCAGCACCUGAUGAAGUCAACGUUCAUCUCCUCCUCGGUCGUGUCUAUCGCCGUCUCGGUAACGCUGCUGGUGCCGCUAGGCAUUUCGCUAUCGCUCAAGACAUAGAACCGAAAUCUGCCACCUUAGUUGGAGAGAUUAUUGAAAAUCAGUACAGCAGCUAG